AUGGUCAACUCCUGUUGUGGUUCUGUGUGCUCUGAGCAGGAGACCUGCUGCCGCCCCAGCUGCUGCCAGACCUCCUGCUGCCGCCCCCGCUGCUGCAUCUCCAGCUGCUGCCCUACCCCCUGCUGCAGACCGCAAUGUUGCCAGUCUGUGUGCUGCCAGCCCACAUGCUGCCACUCCAGCUGCUGCAAGCCCACCUGCUGCAGACCCACCUGCUGCCAGCCCACCUGCUGUGUGUCCAGCUGCUGCAAGCCCCCGUGUUGCAGACCCACCUGCUGCAUCUCCAGCUGCUGCAAGCCCCCAUGCUGCCAGCCCACUUGCUGCAGACCCACUUGCUGCAUCUCCAGCUGCUGCAAGCCCCCGUGCUGCCAACCUAGCUGCUGCAUCUCCAGCUGCUGCAAGCCCCCGUGCUGCCAGCCUUCUUGUUGCAGACCCACCUGCUGCAUCUCCAGCUGCUGCCAGCCCCCAUGCUGCCAGCCCACCUGCUGUCGCCCCACCUGCUGCAUCUCUAGCUGCUGCCGCCCUUCUUGCUGCAGGCCCCAGUGCUGCCAGUCUGUGUGCUGCCAGCCUGCCUGCUGCACCUCCAGCUGCUGCCGCCCCACCUGCUCUAGUGGUUCUUGCUGCUGA